UAAAAAUUCUGCCACUUUAACAGAUUUUUUCUUAUGUUUUUUUUAUAAGAAAUAUCAAAAAGUUGGAGAGAAAACGACGGUCGUGUUCCGCCAACAGGUCGGAUCAAAGUCUCAAUUCAUCCAGACGAAGUCGGCCGUAGUCAUUCUCAAGACCACCUCUUCCAAAGAUAUGGUGAACGUUCGUCGCGCUCUGGAGCAGCUCAAACUACCCGGCGGUCUGCACCGCGAACGCGUUCAAUGGCUGUACGAAGGCACCGCGUCUCAGCCCGAGGGCGGGUACCUGCUCUACUGGAUGCAGACGUCAGUGCGUACCAAGCACAACUACGCGCUGGAAUACGCAGUGGCGGCUGCCAACGAGUUGAAGCUUCCUCUGCAUGUGGUGUAUCUAUUCCCAGAUCGCUCGGUAGCUCCAGCUCUCCAGCCAAGUGAGGACGAUGAGUGGAAGGCUGAAGCGAUUCAAGACGCGAAUGCUCACGCAUUCGCCACUGAAAGGCACGCGCUCUUCGCGCUGGAAGGUCUGGCCGAUACGUACCAGCGUCUCGCACGCCAUGGCUUGAAUCUUGACGUCUUCCACCACCAACACAAGGAAAAUGGGCGUCCAACACGCAACGAACUACUGGACUUUUGUGCGCGCAAAGCUGCACUGGUAGUGACGGAUCGUCCAUACUUGCGACCGUGGCGCUCGGCGCUGGACAAGCUCGUUUCGACAGUGGAAGAUAAAGGUGACGCUGGUGAAGGCUCUUGCUUUGGAAUUGUCCAGAUUGAAGGCGACGUUGUGGUUCCUGCUGCUGUGGUUACAGAUAAGGAAGAAUACGCGGCACGUACGAUCCGUCCCAAGAUCACUAAGCACUUAGAUCAGUACGUCGCUCGUUUAGAGGUUAUGAUCCUGGACCCAGCGUACCAUACAGAAGGAAAGUCACUGUUGACUGUCCUCGGUGAACUCGAGCAGCUAAAGCCGCUUGAUGUGACGAGUUCGGAGGCUGUAGCUAGCACACUGGAGCUGCUGGAUGUCAAUCGUAGUGUUAAGGGAGUGAACUGGUAUUUUAAAGGAGGCGAGGCUGCAGCUUCAGCUUGUGCGAAGAAGUUCCUCACAGCAGAUAAACUUGCGAGUUACGCCACUGAACGCAACGAGCCAAGUCUGGACGCUGGCAGCGACUUGAGUCUUUAUCUGCACUAUGGACACAUUAGCGUCGUCCGUAUAGUGCUAGCUGCUAACAAACUGAGGGGUGUGCAGCGAGCAAAGGAAGGAUUGGCUUCGUUCCUCGAGGAACUCAUCGUACGCCGUGAAUUAUCCGUGAAUCUGGUAGUCUACAACCAAGGUAACUACGACUCCAUGCGCUGUCUUCCGAGCUACGCGCAGAUCACGCUGCAGGAACAUGCUGAUGACAAGCGAGACCAAUUGUACUCACGGGAUAAGCUCGAGAAUUAUCAAACUGGAGACAGAUUUUGGAACGCUGCACAACGCGAGUUAGUGGUAACGGGAAAGAUGCACGGCUACAUGCGCAUGUAUUGGGGCAAGAAGUUGCUGGAGUGGACACGAACUCCCGAGGAAGGUUUCAAUGCGGCGCUAGUUCUAAAUAACAAGUACGCCUUGGAUGCACCUGAUCCAAACUCGUACGCAGGGGUGGCCUGGACGUUCGGAAAGCACGAUCAAGGCUGGAAAGAACGGCCAAUCUUCGGCAAAGUGCGCUAUAUGAAUGAAGCUGGUCUCAAGCGCAAGUUCCGCAUGGACGCGUAUGUGCUCAAGGUUGGACGACUAGCAGCUCAGGCCAAGAAAGGUUCAGGAGACCAAGAGACUGAUCCACAAGAGGAAGAAGUAUCUGCGAAACCUGGCCGUAAGAUUGGGGCGACGAGGCCAGCGGAAAGUGGCGCUGCUGGAACAACUACGAAGAAGAUGAAGACACAGCAUAAGUGAAGAUAAGAGGGUUUGCCGCAGAUGCAAAAAUAUGCAUGUAUUUUUACCAAAUGAAGCCAUUUUUAUUGUUAAUGUGAGGGUGAUCACUUCGCAAGUAGAAAUUGAGCAGCAAUGGAG